AUGGUAGAUUAUCACGCCUCCAACAACCAGUCUGCCGGCGGGGUUCAGACCUACAUGGAGCAGGAGAACGACUGGGACCGGGACCUGCUGCUGGACCCGGCCUGGGAGAAGCAGCAGCGGAAGACGUUCACGGCGUGGUGCAACUCCCACCUGAGGAAAGCCGGGACGCAGAUCGAAAACAUCGAGGAAGACUUCAGGGAUGGACUCAAACUGAUGCUGCUGCUGGAGGUCAUCUCAGGCGAGCGGUUACCGAAGCCGGAGCGAGGCAAGAUGAGGGUCCACAAGAUCAACAACGUCAACAAAGCGCUGGACUUCAUCGCCAGCAAGGGAGUCAAGCUGGUGUCCAUCGGAGCCGAGGAAAUCGUUGAUGGGAACGCCAAGAUGACGCUGGGAAUGAUCUGGACCAUCAUCCUCCGCUUCGCCAUCCAGGACAUCUCUGUUGAAGAGACCUCUGCUAAGGAGGGUCUCCUCCUGUGGUGCCAGAGGAAGACGGCUCCUUACAAGAACGUCAACGUGCAGAACUUCCACAUCAGCUGGAAGGACGGCCUCGCCUUCAACGCUCUGAUCCACAGACACAGACCCGACCUCAUCGACUACGACAGCCUCAGAAAGGACGACCCCGUCACCAACCUGAACAAUGCCUUCGAGGUGGCGGAGAAGCACCUGGACAUCCCCAAAAUGUUGGACGCUGAAGACAUCGUGGGCACUCUGAGGCCGGAUGAGAAGGCCAUUAUGACCUAUGUCUCCUGCUUCUAUCACGCCUUCUCUGGCGCACAGAAGGCUGAGACGGCCGCCAAUCGCAUCUGCAAAGUGCUGGCUGUCAACCAGGAGAACGAACAGAUGAUGGAGGAUUAUGAGAAGCUCGCCAGCGACCUGCUAGAGUGGAUUCGUCGGACGAUCCCUUGGCUGGAGAACCGAACCCAGGAGAAAACCGUGAAAGACCUGCAGGCCAAACAGGAGGACUUCAGAGAUUACCGCACCGUUCACAAACCACCCAAGGUCCAGGAAAAGUGUCAGCUGGAGAUCAGCUUCAACACUCUGCAGACGAAACUGAGACUGAGCAACAGACCUGCCUUCAUGCCGUCAGAAGGACGCAUGGUGUCCGACAUAAACACGGCGUGGCACACCCUGGAGGGAGCGGAGAAGGGAUACGAGGAGUGGAUCCUGAGCGAGAUCCGGCGUCUGGAGAGACUGGAGCAUCUGGCUGAGAAGUUCCACCAGAAAGCCGCCAUCCACGAAUCCUGGACUGACGGUAAGGAGGCCAUGUUGACCCAGAAGGACUACGAGACCUCCACUCUGUCGGAGGUGAAAGCGUUGCUACGGAAACACGAGGCCUUCGAGAGCGACCUGGCGGCCCACCAGGACCGAGUGGAGCAGAUCGCCGCCAUCGCUCAGGAGCUCAAUGAACUGGACUAUUACGACGCCGCCAGCGUCAACACUCGCUGCCAGAAGAUCUGCGAACAGUGGGACAUCCUGGGAUCGCUCACCCACAGCCGCAAAGAGUCACUGGAGAGAACGGAGAAGCAGCUGGAGUCGAUAGAUGAGCUCUACCUGGAGUACGCCAAGAGGGCGGCGCCGUUCAACAACUGGAUGGAGGGCGCCAUGGAGGACCUGCAGGACAUGUUCAUCGUUCACAACAUCGAGGAGAUCCAGGGUCUGAUCUCGGCCCAUGAGCAGUUCAAGUCCACGCUGCCGGAGGCCAACAAGGAGCGCGAGGCCAUCCAGGCCAUCCAGGCCGAGGUGCAGAGGAUCGCCCAGAGCAACGGCAUCAAGCUGAGCGGCGCCAACCCCUACACCACCAUCACGCCCCAGAGCAUCGACAGCAAGUGGGAGAAGGCCAUGGCCAUGGUGCCGCAGCGCGACACCGCCCUGCAGGACGAGCUGAACAAACAGAACUCCAACGACACGCUGAGAGCCACGUUCGCCGCCCAGGCCAACUCAGUCGGCGCCUACAUCCAGGCCAAGAUGGAGGAAAUCGGCAGGAUAUCCAUCGAGAUGAACGGCACCCUGGAGGACCAGCUGACCAACCUGAAGGAUUACCAGAAGACCAUCAUGUCCUACAUGCCGGAGAUCAACAAGCUGGAGGGACACCACCAGCACAUCCAGGAGGCGCUGAUCUUUGACAACCAGUACACGUCCUACACCAUGGAGCACCUCCGUGUCGGCUGGGAGCAGCUGCUCACCACCAUCGCCAGAACCAUCAACGAGGUGGAGAACCAGAUCCUGACGCGCGACGCCAAGGGCAUCAGCCAGGAGCAGCUGUUCGAGUACCGCGCCUCCUUCAACCACUUCGACAAGGAUCACAGUGGAGGCCUGAAGGCGGAGGAGUUCAAGGCCUGUCUGAUCAGUCUGGGCUACGAUGUGGAGAACGACAAGCAGAAGCGAUCGGGUCAGAUGGUGUCGGAUGAUUUCCGGGCUCUGCUCAUUUCUACAGGAAACAGUCUGGGCGACGGGGAGUUCAACCGCAUCAUGGGCAUCGUAGAUCCCAACGGCUCCGGCUUCGUGACCUUCCAGGCCUUCAUCGACUUCAUGUCCAGGGAAACGACCGACACGGACACGGCCGACCAGGUCAUCGCUUCCUUCAAGAUCCUGGCUGGAGACAAGAACUUCAUCACGGCAGACGAGCUGCGGAGGGAGCUGCCGCCGGACCAGGCCGAGUACUGCAUCGCCCGCAUGGCGCCGUACGCGGGGCCCGACGGCGUCCCCGGCGCCCUGGACUACAUGUCGUUCUCCACGGCGCUGUACGGAGAGAGCGACCUGUAGAGGAGGAGGAGGAGGCGGCGCGGCCCGGGGGGUCCAGGGGUUCUGAGAGCUGCCCCCGGAUGUGCCCGUUUGAUUCCCAGAAUAUUUGUCCGACACGCGGCUUGUUGAUUCAACCGGAGGUCCUGAAGGUUUAGAACGGGCACAUCCAAGGGCAGCACUUCCUGAGUUCACCCCGUUUGGUUUUUGUUUUGUUUUGUGGGUCAAACUGGGGCGGGGGGGGCAGCAUUCUGGACUGGGGGGGAAUCACACAAGCUAAUCUGAUACUUAUGCUAAUUUUGUUUAUUUUAUUAUAAUUUGUUUCUUCUUGCCAGGUGGGAGGGGUCGGGGGGUCAAAGGUCAGGGUCUCCUACAGCAGCUGGCAAGGUCUGUGUAUUAGAUCCUAGAGAGAUAUAUGCUGGGGGGGGGGGCUCUUCCUCUCCUCCCAGAGCCGGUUGUUUAUUUCCAGGCGGCGGGGUCGGGGGGUUCCCCAGUGGCUCGGCCGGCUUCCUGCUCGCCCAUCCGAACAAAUACUCAAAUUUAUCUCUGAAGUUUCCUGGAUUUCUAGCAGACGUCCUCCGUCCCGCUCCUCCCUUCCCAGAGGAGGGGUGUACUUAUUUAAACGCUCCCAUCAUGUCAAACCGCAACCAAAUUAAGAAAAACCAGAAACUAUGCAAUCAUGUUCUGACCGAGUUCUCGCUCGGGUAAUUGGAGUAACAUCCGCCACUAACGAGGGAGGAGGGGGAGGCGGCCGGAGGGGCGGAUCAAACGGGGGGGAAAUCAGUUUUCCUCCCUCUUUUUUCCCCGUUAGGUUGAAAUGAACUCAGAAAUGGUGAUUAUUAUUAUUUUUUUCCUUUUUUUGUACUCUUUAAUAUCGAACCUUAUCUGCUGUACUGGAAACUGCAACGCCUUCUGUCUAAUGAUACAUGACUUUCACAAAGCACACAUAAAAGGUUUCCUUACAAAACGC